AUGGCCAGUGCAGCGGAAGAAGAAGGCCCAGAAAUUCCCUCCUCCACUGUUCAAGCGUUUCCAGUCUGGGCGGGGCCAGCCAGAGAGGGCGGGGAACGGACAUAUCAGUACUGGCCCUUUUCCACUAGUGAUUUGUGCAAUUGGAAAACUCAGACUCCCUCUUUCUCUGAAAAACCGCAGGGUCUUAUUGAUCUUUUAGAAUCUAUCCUCUUUACUCACAACCCCACUUGGGAUGAUUGUCAGCAACUGUUACAGGUGCUUUUCGCUACAGAGGAGCGCGAGCGAAUCCUGUUAGAAGCUCGGAAGAACAUGCCGGGGGUAGAUGGGAGGCCCACAUUACAGCCUAACCUCAUUGAGGAGGGGUUCUCCUUGGUGCGACCCAACUGGGACUUCGAACGCGCUGAAGGUAGGGAGCGUCUCCAAAUGUACCGCCAGAUCCUUAUGGCCAGCCUUAGAGCGGCCGCCAGAAAGCCAACUAAUUUGGCCAAGGUAAAUUCAGUGAGGCAAGAGCCAAAUGAGAGCCCGGCAGCCUUCCUUGAAAGGAUAAUGGGCUUUAGACAGUGUACUCCUAUGGACCCACAGGCAGAUGAGUCUCGAGCAGCAGUUAUGCUAGCAUUUGUGAAUCAGGCAGCCCCCGAUAUUAGGAGAAAGUUACAAAAGAUAGAGAGGCUGGGUGAACAGUCCCUGCAAGAUCUAGUGAGGGCAGCAGAGAGAGUUUUCAAUCAUAGAGAGACCCCAGAGGAGAGAGAGGAUCGCAUUAGAAGGGCAGAAAGAGAACUUAGAGCUGAAGAAAACCAUAAGAACCAAAAAGAGCUGGCUCAGAUAUUUUUCGCCGGAGUUGAAAACAAAAAUAGGUUCCAAAAAGGGAAAAAGCUAGACUCAAAGACUGAGGAAAAACCUGCAAGGCAUAAGCUUGAAAACAACCAAUGUGCAUUUUGUAAGGAGAUUGGACAUUGGAAAGAUAAAUGCCCCAAGAAAAACCUAAAAGAGGGGCCCCAAAAUCCCAAGAACGAGACUCCCUCUCCAGAC